GUAGAAGCACGUGAACCUGCUGGGCUGCCAUCUCGUUUCUGCACUAGAGGGAAAUGCAGUUUCAUCAUCAUUGUUAAAGAACUUUGAAUUCAUAUCAGAGUGGAGGUUUCCAUAAUUUGCAAAUGCCGAUAAGUGACAUGUGGCAAGAUGGCAAUGGCCUCGACGCAAUGGGCGAGAUUGACAGUAAUGGCAGCUGUGACAGCGUCGUCAGCUUCAAUUCAUGCUUCAGUGAUGAAAGUCUGGAGUAUCUCUCUGCUGAGGAGAAGGCUUGUCUCAUGUACCUAGAGGAGACCAUUCAGUCACUGGAUACGGAGGAUGACAGUGGCCUGUCCAAUGAUGAGUCUGAUCAGCUGCCAGCUCGAGGAAAUGUGGCUAACAAAGCAGCCCACCUCUUUUCGUCAACAAGACUCAGCAAGGUUCCUAGUCAAGAUGUACCCCAAAGCCAAUUUGAAGGUCCAUUCUCAUCUAGCAGCUUAGUGCAAAAUGACAUUCUGAAUUAUAUGGUUCCUACUCCAUUUGUCCUUGCAAACCGUAACUCGCAAAUCCAAACCAGACCUGAAAUAGCUGCAUUCCAGAAAAAGACGGCACCCAAAGUGGCUUGUGAGCUCCAUCAAGAAGCUCCACGAGUUCCCUCGGAAGUCAAUGUGGUAGUGAUACCACCUCCACAUAAAAUCAAAGUCGGUAAAGACAUAGUGGAAGAACAACAGAAUAAACAUAAGCCAGAGAAUGAGGCACGUAGAGGACCACUCUCGUAUGAGGCUCUGGUGCAUCUGCGCAAGAGUGCAUCGAUGCGGAGAACCAAUGCUACAGAAGCCAAAACCGGAGAACAGCAGGUUUCUACAAAUAAAGAUCAUGAUGAAAGCAUCUCUGGAUCCCAAACUCUCACACAGGCCAUGACAAGUAGGAGCUCCAAGCCCAUUCCUCCACCUGUGGCCCCUAAACCUAAAAUGAAAACCCCACACAAAGUCCCAGUGAACCAGGAAGAAGCCUCCAACCCUAAAAUCGACUCAACCAUGCCUUACUCAGGAGUAUUGACAGUGGAUAAAUUAAUGAACCCAGAGAAAGUAAGAGUGGAGGCUCUUUGCAAGUUGGGUCUCCUCAAGAAGGAUACAAAGAACCCAAUCUGUCAACAACUAAAGCAUUCAGAGUCCCCAGCAAACUUGGUGCAAAACCAGACCACAAAGGAAUGUCUUGCUCCAAGUGUUCCUGCAAGACCUGGAGAACAAAUAAAUCAGCCAGUACAAACUUGCAGUCCUCUCCAUCAAAGGUCUGUGAGCGAUCUUUCGGCAACUUCCUCUUUUCCACAGCAUGCCGAUAUGACUUCAACCAGGAAAUCUGCCACACUGGAACGCACUGGGAUGGGACUGUCAGGAUCUAACAUCACAGUCUUAAAUGCAGUUUCUCAGAACCACCAAUCAAGUUCUUCUAUAGUAGGAACCAAAAACCACUUUACAGACACUCUACAGGCAUCCAUAAAAGCAGAAUUGCAUGCAUCAUCUCAUUCCAAAGGCUUCAACGUGCCUGUUCCCAGCAUCGGAAGGGAUCGGAGAGAGGCAUUACGAAAACUAGGAUUGCUGAAAAACUGAGAUUUGUUGACUAUUCUCUCCAGACGUGAUGUAUCAAAUAAUGCUUCUGGGUCUAGGCCUCUUUUUCGUUUUAAGUGAGAAUACCAUUACAACAGCCGUUUAUGAGCACUAUUCAUUCUCACAGUGUAAUCUCCGGUCUUAUAGUGUCCUGGACACCAAUAUUUUUACAUUUUUUUAAAACAAUAAUCACUCUGUAGCCUACUAAGAUGGAGAUAAAAAUUAGGUUCAUGAUUUUCAGUAAUACUGCAGCAGACACUGGGUGUCUAUCAUCAUUGUUUGUUGUUUGCUUUUGACAUCUGAAGGAGCGUUUGGACAAUAGACUGUAUGGUUUGGACCCAGAAACUGUGACACAUGAUUCCUCUGAAAAAUGUAAAACCAUACUGACCAACAUCAUCCCAAUGGUCAUUAUUUUUGCAAUUCCGCACUAGUUGCACAGAAAUUGCUCAGUUCACUUUUAACAAUUUCAAGUAAUACAGUGUGGCACUUUACCUUUAGUCCAUUAAUUAUUGAUUCUAAAUAGUGACUAUAACACCUGGAUGCCUUUGCCGAUAAUACAGUAUGUUUACUUUUCCAGGUGAUCCUAGUAACUUUAAUUUCGAACUAGACCUAAGUAGAUGCCCCAAAAUCCUGCUCCAAAUCUGUCUUUAUAAUUCAUGCCUGUUUUGCUAAUCAGUUGCUUCAGAAAAUCACUUUCUGUUUUUUCCAAAUACAAUGGAGUAUAUCUGCUUCACCAGAGACUGUCGAACCUGAGGAACCCAGGCUUCCAUAGAUCAGCUAUCAACUCCUCAUUUUACACGCCGGUCGGUGAGAUCUGACACAGCACUUCAGUGGAUUAGCGCAUUAUCUUGAGUUUCAACCAACAGACUGGUGUUCAUGUUACCUGGCCUCUCAGAUUCAUCUGUCAUUAAAGUUCUUUAUCUCGCAAAGUGACCUAGUUCAUGACUUACA